AUGGCCUCGAAUCAUGCCACAGGCGGACAAUCCGGUCCGGCCUCCAAAAAGCGCGGCGCUCCCGCUGCCAACGGCCGAAGCGAUGCGUUCAUGCAGAAGCGCGCCAAGGUUCACGCCGCACGCACCAUCCCCUCACAGGCUGCCGACGCUGCACUCAAGGAUGGCGAGCUGGACCUGGUGGCCUUUGUGGCUGUUCACGAGUUUGAGAUUCGCGCUUUGGAACAGAGCAUGGCCACGUCCAAGGCAGUGGGGAGCAGCAGGGCUUUCCAACAGGUGCCCCGCGGCAUGAGAAGACGGACAGCGAGUCACAAUCCCAAGCGGGUGCCUCGAAGGCUGCGGGCAAGGGCCGGAAGGGAGAUGGCCGAAGACAACACUCCCCUGGUUGAGUCGCGAAGAAGGAAGCCAAGGACGACGAGGGCAAGAAUACGAGCUCAGAUGGCCAAGAGACUUCGGAUACUCGCGGCCCGGAAGAGGAAGAGGAAGCAAAGCAAGACCGACGACAAUAACCAGCACGACCCAAAGGAGGCGGCCAAAGACGUUGGUGUUGUGGGAAGGGCUCCCAGACCCAAGAUACGGAGGAACGCGCUCAACGAACCGCCGAAGCCGCCUGCAAAGUUCAGAAAACGCCAGAUGAACAAAACCUGGCUGCCAACGCAUCAAUGGCAUGCAAAGAGGGCUCGCAUGACGGAACCCAAGGAGCCCUUGUGGCGCUUCGCCAUUCCGCUGACGCCAAACGAGAAGAUUUAUCGGCCGACACACAGGGCGCAGGGAGAGCGCGGCACCAUGGUUUGGGACAUGACUUAUAUGAGCACGAUUGGUCUAUACGGAAACGUUGCCGGCAUGAGGAGAGUCCUUCAGAGGGUCGGAGUGACGCACGACUCUUGCUGGGACGACAGAGGGAGUAAAUGGAGGCGGGGCACCAGAGCGUGGACUGGCAUCUUGAAUAGAGAGAGAGUCGGGGUUCAGCGGCCCAUGUGCCAGUCGACCAUCGUUUGGGACCCUGAGCCACAGUCGCAGUCACAGUCACAGUCACAGUCACAGUCACAGAACGCCGAGCAAGAUCAGGGAGAGGGUGAGAUGGAGCAAGACGGGGCUGAGAAAAAGACGCAGAGACGGGUAUUCAUCAGGGUCCAUCCUUCAGCUUUCCUAGAGCUGUUCAAUGAGCUGCUACGCUUGACAAAGAUGGAAAACCCCCGGUUAUACAUUGAGGACCUGCGGUUCGAAAUCGGGAGCAUUGAGCUCUCCGGACCUGCUUCCACCGAGACACUGCUAUCUGUCCUGGCGGCGUACCCGUCUGGGUCGAGCCCAAAGAACAAGCAUGCCGAGCUAUUCGAGUCAUUAAAGGGAUUAACAAAUCCGGCAGCCCUACCGCACAAUUCAAUUCUAAACUUUACAGCCCAAGAUCCUCGGUUGAGAUACCCGCCGCGGAGGAUGGAGUUUCCCGAGAACGAACAGGCACAGACACAAUUAUUUACCACAAUCGCCAAGUGGCCCGCUGAAGAGAACCUGCAGCCCUCGCUUCUAUUCGACCGACAUGCUCGUCACAAGGCCUCACGUUUGCCGUCUCAAAAGUCCAUCAACAGAAGGAGGAGUAAAGUCACGUCUGGGGCUCUGUUGAAGCCAACAAGCCUGGACCCUCCCGUUCCCAUCACUCUCAUUGCCUCGCGUUCUGCAGCAGGUACACGGGCGCAAGGAACGUGGACUCUCCUUGCGCCCUGGAAGUGCAUCCUCCCUCUGUGGUACAGCAUCGUUCAUUGCCCGCUGGUCUCAGGUGGCAACCCGCGGUUUGCAGGGCUGAGCGAGACAAUGCAAGUUGCCUUUGAGCGCAACCUUGCGUGGUUCCCAGCUGACUUUCUCGGAACCGAUGCUGGGGCGGAAUGGGAGCUUGAGCAGAGACGGAGGCGAAAGAGGGAGUGGGCGAGACGCCCCAAAAGCAAGAGGGUCGAGUGGGCGUCCCUCAACCUGGGCGCAGGGCGACAGGGCGAGAUUGGGGAUGGACACGCCUGCGACUUUGAAUACUUGUUUGGUCUUGUACAGCAGCCGACACGGCAGCAGAACAAGGGCCCGAGAGCCUCGCCGGACGGCACUUUGGGAGAAGCAAUGGAGGUUGAUGGCCAAGGCUCAGCGCCCAUCGAAAAGAAGAACGACGACAUGCCAUACCUCAAGCUGUUGAGUAGCAUCCCCAAGGCCUCAUUCAACAGUCUUGUGUCGCCAUCCCCGACUACUCAGCCCCUCCCUCCAAACGCAAUAUCUUGUGUCCGCAUAGCACUCCUCUCACGAGGCGUUGUCAGCCCAUGCGCGAGAAUAUACCGCCUCCCGUCUGUUCCCACCUCCAUACCACCCUCGUCCGACGCAGAAGUCCCCGCGAGCAUACCUCCAGAAGCGACAUCUCUCCCAUCGGAUCUUCGUUCACAGUGGCUGUCACGCAUGCCAUCGUCUUCAACUCCAAAGUCUGCAUCGUCUUCCCAAUCUCAGCCCAAGAGAAGGACGGCGUCUCGAUUAGACGACAUGGAGACGCGAAAACGCCUUCUAGCACAAGAGCUCCUCGCUGCUCCACCGAGCCUGGACGGCACCCCGGCACCGAACGAGGUCGAUAUCGGAGGACACCAUCCGCUCGUGCCCAACGCGGAGGACCUCAUCGGCUUCGUCACCACGGGGUCGUUUUGCCUGGCCAACGGCCGAGGCACCGCCAUUGGGAGCAUAGCCGUGGAGAAGGUGCUGCCAGACGUCAGGGCAAACGCCAAGGAGGGAAGGCUGUGCAUUGUGAGGAACGCCGGCGAGAAUGUCGGCUGGAUUGCGAGAUGGGAGGUUGUUUAA